GGGAAGACCUUUGUAAGGUCAUUCGCAGCCAAUCGAGUUCGCCGUAUUAGUAGUAUCAUAGGGUAGUGUUGUGUUAAGUUAUCAGAAAGCGGCAUUUAAUCCGGAUUAGUGACUUCCUUAAAAACCAAAAAAAAUAUUGAAUCUAGGAGACGCAGGAACGAAUGUAAUUUAUCUAGUGGUGAACACUUGCGUGUUUUGAUUAAAAGAAGCAUUCUAUCGGGUGAUUGGAUUAGUCAAUGGCUAAUCCUCAUGAGUUGGAGAAAGAUGCAGAUUGGUUCAAAAGACUUGCAGUGUGGGAAGAGUCUCGGAAACAAUACAGAUCUGCUGCAUUUUACUACACUGAAGCUGCUCAAGCACUCUUGAAUUCUUUGGAAGCAGGCUCAAAAACUGAAGGUUUAUUAGAAUUAGCUCAGAAUUACAACAACAAAGUGAAAGAACUCAAAUCAAAAACUGUGGUGGAAGAUGCUUCCAUACCGAACACUCAUGUUUCUAAAAGCAAAGCUGAUUUUGCAAGGGCUCUUUUCUUACUGGAUGACGGUACUACGGAAGAUGAAAAAGGAAACUUCCACAAGGCUUUUGAGCUCUACACAUUGGCUGUAGAGUUAAUGUUAUCCAUAAAACAUGAUGUCCAGGAUCCCUCUUUACUUAAAUCCAUUGAAAAAUUUUCCAAAAGGGGUUUAGAUCGGGCAGAAGAAUUAAAGGCAUAUGUUCAAAGAACACAGCCUCCUUGUUCUGAUUCCCGUUCUUCUUGUAGCACUUUAACGUCAGGAACAUCUAAGAAAUCCCACGGUUUUCAUAAACCCAAUAUGUCUUCGUCUUUGAAAGGAGACCCUGGCGGUUUUACUGUCGAAGAACUGGAGGUAUUGAGGUCCACGUCCGUUAUAAAUGGUCGUGAGUAUUUACCGUUUCUUGACGCCCUUGAUCUACAAGAACGAUUUUCCUUUGCUAAUCCUUUUGUGUUGUAAGCCAAUUUCUUGUAAAUGGCUGUAAUACCCUUCUCAUUUCAAAUAAUUAGUAACCGCAUCCAUACAGUUGGCAGUUUGGUUUACGGUACAAACAUUCCGCCUGUCAACGCUUCAAAGAAGUUAAUAUUUUUUGUUGUCCUCUACCCGUGCUAUUUAAAAAUGACUAAUAGCCUGAGGUUUUUUUAAAACAAAUAUUCAUUCCGCAUAAACUUUUUCCUUUAAUUUCAAACUGUUUCAACAAAAAUUUAAGCCUAUAAGCACUUACUCUUGUUUCGUUUGAUUGUCCUGUUCUCAUGACUGAAACUACUUUUCUGUAUUUUACUUAGAUUUAAUUAUCUUGUAAGAAUAUCCAUUCAAAACCUAGAAAUUCCGAACAAGUGUUUUUCUACAAUAUUGUGCGUCCUGUAAUUUAAUGACAUUUAUGUAAUAUACACUCGUGGACAAUUUUCUGAUUCCCAUUAUUUUCGAAAGGACUGUUGUGAUUUAGUUAGUUGUGAAAUAAAGUUUGUUAAGUUAUUGAUACGACAGUACAACUUACAACAGAAUAUCAAGCGAG